AUGGUUUGCGAUGACAAGUCGAAUCGCGAUGAACCCCCGCGACCGGAACGUGGAGAAUCACGUGAUGAAAGAAACACAUCACCGGACACGGAAUUGGACGAAAUCGAGGCCGAUCUCAUUAAUAAGGGAACUAAGAAGUCAAAACGCUCUCCUGAUCGCGGCAAUUGGUCCAAUAAAUUUGAGUACCUGUUAAGCCUAAUUGGAUUUACCAUUGGACUAGGAAGUAUAUGGCGUUUUCCAUAUCUCUGUUUGAAAAAUGGUGGAGGAGCAUUUCUGAUACCGUUUUUCUUCUUCACACUGUUAUGUGGAGUCCCUCUCUACUUCCUGGAGCUGUCACUUGGACAGUUUUCAGGACGGAGUGCAGUACUGGCCUGGUCACUCUGUCCAUUGUUUGAAGGUAUCGGAUAUUCUGUAACAAUGCUGAGUAUGCUUGGCGCCUGGUACUACGGGCCAAUAGUGGCAUGGGUGCUGUUGUAUCUAGGAUACUCGUUUUUCCCGACUCAACCCUGGUCCACGUGUGACAAUAUAUGGAACACUGAUGACUGUGUUGUCCUUAGGACGGGAAAUCCAACUGGAACGAACAAUUCCACAGGGAACACAUCGAUGAAAACGAAUAUAUCGGUAAUGAACGAGCAAGGGUUCUACCCAACUGCUGCAACCGAAUUUUGGCGAUACAAGAUACUGAACGCAUCACCUGGGAUAGAAGAUUGGGGUACACCGCAGUGGCACCUCGUUUUGGCCCUCUUCUUCUCAUACGCUUCUAUAUUCCUGUGUAUCAUCAAAGGGGUGAAAUCUGUUGGAAAGGUUGUAUACGUCACGGCGCUCGGACCGUUCGUCCUACUGGUUGUCAUACUAAUCAGGAGUUUGUGUUUGGAAGGAUCUACAGAUGGAAUCAUCAUGUAUCUGAAGCCAGACUUGUCUAAACUACUAUCAUACCAGAUUUGGUUAGAAGCUGCACUGCAGGUAUUCUACUCGCUAGGGCCGGUUUGGGGUGGUGUAAUAACUAUGGCCAGCUACCACAAGUUUCGGGGAAAUAUCAUGAAGAACACCAUGAUUAUUGUGGCCGUGGACACAUUCAGUAACUUUCUUUGUGGUCUCGUGGUUUUUUCCAUCCUCGGGUUCCUUGCACAUGAUGCUGGGCUCUCCAUCACAGAGGUGGCGGAAUCUGGUCCCGGUCUCGUGUUUCUAGUUUACCCAGAGGUUCUCACCCGCCUGCCUCUGCCUCAAAUAUGGGCGAUUAUCUUCUUCUCUAUGCUGUUUAUGGUUGGCCUCGACAGUCAGUUUGGGUCCCUGGAGACGUUGAUAAGUGCUUUAAUGGACAUGUUCCCCAAAACUCUUGGCAGACGGAAAUACCUCGUUUUUGCCACUGUUUUUGCCCUGUACUUUUCUACUGGCAUAAUAUUCACAACACAGGGCGGAAUAUAUAUUUUCCAGUUCAUUGAUUGGUAUCUAACGUCUUUCAUUAUAUUCUUGGUGGCGUUUCUAGAAUGUAUCAUUGCCGGAUGGAUAUACGGUGCGGAGAGAUUGAGUCGAGAUAUCCAAUUGAUGACGGGGAGAUCAGUUUCAGUGUUUGUCAGGGUGUCGUGGAGUUUCAUCAUACCAACUGUGAUGCUGAUUGCGUUCAUAGGAGUAGCAGUAAAAUUUGAACGACCUGUAUACCGGGGAUAUGUUUAUCCGGAUUACCUUGGUAUUGUUGGAAUGUUUGUUGCCUUGUUCCUGGUAUUACCAAUACCCAUCGUUAUGGUAAAACGACUGCUACAAGCACCUGGCUCAUUCAUGCAGAGACUGAGAGCGUCAUUGACUCCUGCACCAGAAUGGAGACCGCAAGACGAGAAAGAAAGGUUUACAUACAAGCAGUACCAAUACAGCGGGCGUACUUGGCAAAAUAUCAAGACUAAUCUGAGGGGCGAAUGAGAAAUUUCUGUUACCUGUCUGUCUAGCAAUUUUGACUUAAUUUUGUAUACAAAAGACAUUGUUUUCCUAUUUUGGUCAUUUUAUUCCAAUAUUUAUAUUCUUACAGGCAUUUAAUAUCCCGUUUGAUACAUAAUUUCCUAUGUUUCCAUUUCAUUAUACAUUACUCAUUCCUU